AUGGUCAGUGAAAGCUUCGAAGUCGCCCAUGAGGCUCGUGUCAACCGUCUUCUUAAUGCCUCUUCCAAUGAGAGCAGAGAGGCUCUUUCGGACGAUAUCCUUACUCUGAUGAUCAAGGACGCUGCGGCCUCUCCGGGCCCCGUUGAUGGUCCUCCUUCUGAUCCCAAAGAAAUGGCAGAGGCUUUUCUUAAAACAACGAAACGAGGUCCUCUACAACCGCGGCACUACGGUAGCAGGUUUACCAACGUGCCGGUCCUGCUGUACUUGCAGUUGGUAUGGGAAGAGGUCAAGGAGUCCAUGCCUCAGCUCGACCAGCAUGGUCUGAUUGACUUUUCAAUCUUGGUUCUGGCGGAGUUAGUCCCUGAGGGCAUGCGACAACACGUUACAAGACUGAAGUCUGAUUCCUGGGUGGCUCUCAAAGCUAGAAUCUGUACCAUGUUUGAGCGCGAGGGAGUCGAUACGGGGUCGGACUUUGUCUUUACAAACUACUUCAGCAACUGGAAACCGAUUGAAGGCCCACUGUUUGUUUCCUGUGCUGCUCUCAUGUCCGAACUACUAGCAUGUCCCAUGGGAAUCCCAGGCCUAGCUCUACAAGUUGCUUGUGACCACUUGGCCAAUGAGAAAAACUACCCCCAGCUGGCAAAAGACGCGGAGAGAUACAUCAAGGACCAUGUGCCUAGAAACAAACAGAGCUUGGAGACCAACAGGGCCUUUGCUUCUUGCCUGGGGGAGUACGUGGGCAGAAAGCAGCGUGGUUUGAAUUAG